AGCUGGGCGGAGCAGCAGUGUGGUGCCGUUGACUCUCUCGCGCCGCUCGCUACGAAACAAAACUGAUAUUGUCAACAGUGUUCACAAGUGUUCAACAUGACUCCUUAACGUGUGAAAUUGCAACUUUUCAUUUACAUCAACGAUGACUGAAGCUAUAAAGUAUUUAUGAUUAGUUUGUGUGGGAGAGAUCUGGCAGCUAGCACGACUCUAUCAACAGGAUUGGAAGAAAACAGAGAUUUACACUCGUUUUAACGACUGUAACGCCGUAAAAAAUCUGAUAAAAAUGGAGACCGACAAGAUGUCAACAGCUUCAUCGGUAGGCGCCGAGCGACGGCCGCUCAUGCAAGCCCUGAUCAUUGAGCGACGGAUCCUCUUCGCUUGCACGAUACUCGUUGGUCUGUGCACAUUCCUGUGGAUCACAGCUGUGUGCACGAGCAGAUGGGUUCAUAUAGAGGGUGGUGAUGGUAUCCACUUCAUCGCAAAUAAUGGGUCGAGGUACUUCCUCUGGAGUGACUCAGGCGUGUGGGAGAUCUGUCGACACGAGUUCUGGUCCAACGCCACGAAGGCCACCAUCAGACUCAAUGCGACCGUGGACACGUACGACUGUCCGGUCGUCGGGACUGUUCCCGGUUUAUGUUAUAAAAUUUGUACAAACUACUUGGCCCCGCCGCUGGCAGAUUUAAAAUUGCGUGAUCCGGCUUUCCAUACUGAAAUGCCAAGCUUGGUGCGGACGAUGACGUCAUUCGGAAUCAUCGGCCUCUUCGUGAUGGCGAUGGGAUGCGGUUUCUCCGUCUACACGUUCAGGAAUCCUCGGUAUAUGUUCAAGAGACUCGCUGCUGGCAUUCAUUUUAUAAGUACAUCCUGCACUUUCGUCGUGGUACAAGUUAUGUCAACUACGGUAGAUGUGCUGGAGAAAAAUGUUCCUGCCAUCUAUCCCAAGAACGCGUACCACUACUUCCACAUCAGCUUCUACCUGGCAGUGUUCGUGGUGCUUGUGAACGCUUUUGCCGCGGGGUCUUUCCUGUGGUACUCGCGUAAGAAGAAAGGAGACAAGGCGGCCACCGACGAACUGGCCAUGGCUGACGAGCCCACCAUCAUCGGGCGAUGACGAGACACUCACCCCACAGCCCGGCAACUCUCGUUGCUCAGCUUUCUUUACUUACCAGUGCUCAAAAGACCAAUAGCUACAAUGUAAGUCUUCCAUUGUAUUGCGCACCACGCGGGCUGGCACAACUUGCGUUCUCGCACAACCGCGACUCAAGUAUGGACUCGCGGACGAGAAAGCAUGUUGAGCUAGACCGCCUGCACGUUCACCUUUGGCCGACUUCUCUUUUGCCAGAAUAUACGAAAGGGUGAAAGACCUCGUGAAAGUGUCGUUCGAGUUCGUGGUCAAACGAGAAAUUGACACUCGGCCAAAGAAUUCCUGUAGGUGUUCAUUUUCGGGGUUUCAUCAACUUUCGUUCUUGUCCAUUUGAAAUUAUCAUCAAUUUUACAAUUUUAUUUACAUUCGCCAUCGAAUUCUAGUCUUUUUUUUUUUUUGCUAUUACAAUAGGUACGUAGACAAGGCCUAUAUCGCUCUUCUCUAUUAGUACAAAAGAGAGAAACUUUCUCUAUUUUGUACUAUCUUAAUAAGAUAACUACGAAUCUCUACGGAAAGUAAAACAAUUGGUCUCUUUUUUACGCACCUCGAUGUUUGUUUCUUAAGAAUAAAAAUAAGUAAAAUAAUUUAUCACAUCAAGGUACGGGUCAUUUUCGAAGCGGAGAUUAGUUGAGAAUAAUCUUACGUGAUAAAUAAAUGAAUAAUUUAAUAUAAAUAUUUGUUACUUAGUGCAUUGUGUUCAAAAUAAUACAGCUCAAUAUUUUUUUUGUAAAUUUAUUAUUUUAUAUAUUUCACAGACUGUAUAACAAAUCCCUAAUAUUUAUUCUAGCGCAGUCUAGCCGCUAUUUGUAAUGUAUGAAGAAGCAAGUACCUAUUGCGAGCCUAAUGUUGCUUAUGCACCUAUGAUAUGGCUUAAGGGCAAAUUGUGUAUUGCACUAAGCAUUCGUUGUAUUACUUUAUGUCCGUUAAAGCUACACGUCAAUACAACGACCUGAUAUGAUAGCCUUAGCUAGCCCAAAUGUUAUUAUUUAUCCUACAUCCUAGAGUGACGGACUGAGAUACUUAAAUUCCUAACCGCAAAGCGUUCUAAUCCAGGUUCAUAUGCAGCUUGUUUCACAGGUUGUCUAAAUAAGAUCAUCUACGCAAAUCAUUUUAAUUGCUUAAAGUUAAUUUCCCUCUGACUUGGGCCCGUAGUCAAGAGUACAAUCGUUAUUGCUUCCUGAGCAACCAAUCCGGAAGACCCAUUAGGAAGAAAUAAGUACACUCUUGGCUGCUGAAGGAGUACAAAAACUCUAUUUUAUAGUUAUCCGGGCAGCCUGAAUAAAGAAUAUAAUACUUCUCCGGAUUCAUAGAAAAUUAAAAUAUCUAUGCGUAUUGUUUGCGCAUUGCAUUUAAAAUCGCGAUUUGUUUUUUUCUUCUAGUCAAGGUAGAAUUGAAAGAGCUCAAUGUGGCCUAAGAUUAUACAUAUUUAGAUUAUUUGAGGACAAAGGAACAACGGAAUUUCAAAAAUCAACAAAAUGCCUAAUGGUUGAAAAAUAAACCAUCAAGAUAAAUUUGAUUCAUCCCUGUGUAUUUUAUUCGUAAAAUGUUUUAUUACAUACCUAUUGUAAACUAUACGUGAUGACAGAGAUUACUUUAAUAUUAAGAUACGAUUAGAUCUACUGUUAAAAUUGACCAAACUACUUUUAAGGGUAGAUAAAGCAGAUAAAACUUAUUGUUUAUUUAUUACGGUUACUCUUUAAUAGUUACUUCAACAAUUUUACUAAAACUUAUUUGGAUUUUUACAGGACAAGCAUUUUUCAACAUUUUUAGCUUUUUUGUUUUCAUGCAGUGCUCGACAAUGACCCAGUAGAUGCCACUUUCCAUCUUAAGUCAUUAUCAAUAAAUGUAACAGAAGGCUAUCGUUUACUGAGCAUUAGCGUGUUGAACACUACUUUUAUCUUAGAAGCGUUUUUAGGACUAAUACAAUAUUCUAACUAAUCAAUCAAUCGUCCUGGGGGCCGAUUUUUGAGUCUCACUGUCACUAAAAUACCGGUUGAAAACGGUGAAUUGCCUAUUAUAUUCAGU